AGGAAGCAGCAAACAUGCUGCGUCUUAUGCAGAACAGGCUGAAGGAAGAGGAGCAACACCUGCUUAAGAGUGGAAAUAAUGAUGAUUCUGACGUAGAGAUUCAAGAGGAUGAAGGAUCCGAUAGUGAAGCGGGCGGAAGGCAGAUCAUGAAGCAGCGCACUGCCACAGAAACACUACUGCAAGGAAGAGCUGGUGCACGGAUCGUGGGGACAAUGCAAGGUGGAGACACGGAGGAAGAUGAGGACUCAGGGGAUAGUGAGAUUGACCUGGAUGAAGAUGAAGAUGAGGAGGAGGAUGAUAUGGAAGAUGACAGCAUGGAAAUCUCCCUGAGCAAAUCCAGUCACCGAGCAAGGAAGCCAGAGCCACUAGAGGAAAGUGAUAAUGACUUCUAACCCUUUAGUAGCAGGACUAGGAGGCAUCUGGAAAUACAAACGUUGGAGAGCAUGCAGGCCAGGAACUAAUAUCCUGCCAUUUGAAAAGCACUUGUCAGCAUGAAUUCAGGAGUUGGUAAAUUAUGUUCAUUAAACUUGAAAAUGAAACUUGGAUUACCAGUCUCAAAGCCUGAGCAGUUUAUCCGUAAUGAGAAUCACAGUAAUGUGGAGUGCAAUUAUUUCCAUAAUUGCAUUAGAACUGGCCUUCAUGCACUGCAGUGCCAAAAGUUGCACUCCAGUGAGCAUCGUGUGCUUGAUUUUCCCGCAUUUUAUUAUGUCCAAACAGAUUUUUUUGGCUUAAUAAAACUGGAUGAAAAGCUG